UGUCAGCCGGAGGAGGAGGAGGGCGGCGCGAGUUAGAGCGCGUGGGAGCGCGGAGGCCGGAGACGGGGACGGGAGCGCGAGCCCGGAGACGGAGGGAGGCGCGCAGAGCGGGCACCGCGGAUCCAGCCCGGCGGCCGGCGCCGUGCGCUGAGGCGAGGCAGCAGCACGGCCGCGCCCCUGGCCCAGCCCGUGGGCCGCCCAGCCCCGCUCCCGCCCGCGGCCGCCAGGGCUCCCGAGGAUGGAGGAUUCCCGAGAGACGUCGUCGUCCUCCAACAAUUCCUCGGAGGAGUUGAGCUCUUCUCUGCAGCUGUCCAAGGGCAUGUCGAUCUUCCUCGACAUACUGAGAAGAGCAGACAAAAAUGAUGAUGGGAAAUUGUCUUUUGAAGAAUUCAAAGCAUAUUUUGCAGAUGGUGUUCUGAGUGCAGAAGAAUUACAUGAGCUCUUCCAUACCAUUGACACACAUAAUACCAACAAUCUUGAUACGGAAGAACUAUGUGAAUAUUUUUCUCAGCACUUGGGUGAAUACGAGAAUGUACUAGCAGCACUUGAAGACCUAAAUCUUUCCAUCCUGAAGGCAAUGGGCAAAACAAAAAAAGUCUACCAAGAGGCUUCCAAUUUGGAACAAUUUGUAACUCGAUUUUUAUUGAAGGAGACCUUGAAUCAGCUUCAGUCUCUCCAGAAUUCUCUGGAAUGUGCCAUGGAAACUACUGAGGAGCAAACCCGUCAAGAAAGGCAAGGGCCAACCAAGCCAGAAGUCCUGCUGAUACAAUGGCCUGGAAAACGAUCAAGUCGCCGAGUCCAGAGGCACAACAGCUUCUCCCCGAACAGCCCUCAGUUUAAUGUCUGCGGGCCAGGCUUAUUAGAAGAAGAUAAUCAGUGGAUGACCCAGAUAAAUAGACUCCAGAAGUUAAUUGACAGACUGGAAAAGAAGGAUCUCAAACUUGAACCACUGGAAGAAGAAGUUAUUGAAGGGAAUACUAAGUCCCACAUCAUGCUUGUGCAGCGGCAGAUGUCCGUGAUAGAAGAGGGCCUGCAAGAAUUCCAGCUUGCUCUGAAACACUACGUGGAGAGCGCCUCCUCCCAGAGCGGGUGUCUGCGUAUUUCUAUACAGAAGCUUUCAAAUGAAUCUCGCUACAUGAUUUAUGAGUUCUGGGAGAAUAGUGGUGUAUGGAAUAGCCACCUUCAGACGAAUUAUAGCAAGACAUUCCAAAGAAGUAACGUGGAUUUCUUGGAAACUCCAGAACUCACAUCCACUAUGCUAGUUCCUGCUUCAUGGUGGAUACUGAACAACUAGAUGCUCCUAGACAUUUUCUUUAUGGUUACAAGUACAAAACAUGCAUUCUUAUCUAAAUGUGAAUUAGAAAAUUCUCUGUAAUUAUUAAUUUACUCUAUACUUUUAACAUAUUU